GAAAGGAAACAAUCUCAAGGAUUGGAAGCCGGAGAGCGAAAGACUGGAGAAAAGGUGAUAGCGUCGACUUCGGUAGCGAAUGAUAAAGCCCGAUGGUACGAUCCCUUAGCUAGUUUGGAGUCGCGCAACGUCAUGUACCAGGGAAAAAGACGUGAAAGAGCUGCUGUGGAAAAAUUAACGAAGCGAUUCGGAGCGGCGGAAAUACGUAUCGACGGUACAAAGGUGGCUAAAUCCGCCGGAUUUGGACAGAAUAUCGAAAUGGUACAAAAAGAUACGCAAGUCCCGGCGUGCGAAAUUAAAAAGUCUGCAGCAAUAGCACCCGAGAAGAGCACCCAGAAAAAUCUGCGAAAAUCUGAAAAAUACAAAAGAAAUGAUAAGGCGUCGCACACCGACGAUAGGAGCAUUUCCAGAGCGGCUGGCUUGGAGACAAGAGGAAGGUACGAGGAAAGAAAACGGGAAAGGUGGUUUCAUAAACGUAAACUUCGUAAACGAAGGGAACCUGAUGAUAGCUCAUCACAAAGAAGGUCUUGCGACAAGGCAACAUUAAUUAAAGAAAAACUUUAUAAUAAAAAAGGUAAACGAGAAAAUAUUUGCAGCCGCGACGUACACACUCAAAGACAUGCCAGUACACAGGUGGAAGAUUUUAUGAGUCGCGCAAAACGGCGUCCUGGCGAUAUUCGAAGAGAGAAAAAAAUUAUUUCUACUACAGUUCCUGGCCUAAUUGAAAAUCGUCAAACUCAAUGUAACCUUCGCGAUAGAGAAGAUAUUCAAAAUGGAAAAGAUAAUGUCCGCGACUUAAAAUCUACAAAUGAGACAGAAGUCUCCUGUCAUGUUAAACCACAAUUUAAAACAUCCGAACAAAUGUUUCGCCGUCAAGAUUAUAACUAUCCGGAUCAACGAAAAUUGUUGCAUUCGUGUAACGAGUACGUUUAUACACAAAUCUUACAAAUCUUAUAAAUCUUACAGGGAAAAUAAGACAUAUUUACACGACAAAUAUAUUUAUUAUUUACACAAGUUUACACAAGUAAAGGAA